CCCAACACCUCAAUCAACAUGCUUAACAUGUUUGAGAUUUAAUAAAAAAAGAAAGAAAAACCGUAGAAAAUUACUGAUAAAGUAGAAGUAUAAUACGCUAUAAAUGAACACUGGUCUUAUCGAAGUUGUUCAAAUAUUUAAAAAUAACCACGAGUACUUCAAACGAUUUCUGGAACGUGGUGAAGAGAAUCAAACCAGGUGUGGCCUCAUGCUGAUUGGAAAGACCUGCAGAUUUUGUGCAGGUGUCAGGUCUUUUCUCAUCAAACCUUUGGCCUUUCUAUUUACCAUCUCCAGUAACAUGGCCAAGAGCAAGUUUGAGUAUGUCCGCAAUUUUGAGGCAGACGACACCUGUCUGCCAAACUGCUACAUCGUUGUGAGAUUGGAUGGUCGCAAUUUCCACAAGUUUGCAGAGCAGCACAGCUUUACAAAGCCUAAUGAUGACAGAGCUUUGUCUCUGAUGGCGCGGAGUGCGCGUUCUGUUAUGGAGGAACUGGAGGAUAUCCUCAUCGCUUAUGGUCAAAGUGAUGAGUUCAGUUUUGUUUUCAAGAGGACGUCCACCUGGUUCAAGAGGAGAGCCAGUAAGUUCAUGACCAAUGUGACCUCCCAGUUCUCUUCUUCUUACGUAUUUUACUGGAAUGAUUUUUUUGGGAAUCAGCCUCUGUAUCCACCAGGCUUUGACGGACGUGUGGUGCUGUAUCCUAGCAACCGCAACCUGAGAGACUACCUGAGCUGGAGGCAGAUAGAAUGUCACAUAAAUAAUUUGUACAACACGGUAUUUUGGACAUUGGUACAGAAGGGGGGAUUGACCCCAUCCCAAGCACAGGAUCGCUUAAAGGGAACGUUGGCUUCAGAUAAAAAUGAAAUCCUGUUCUCAGAGUUUGAUAUCAACUACAACAAUGAGUGUGCCCUCCACAAAGGCACCACGCUCCUGUGGGAAAAGAGAGAAGAAACAAUCACUAAACGCAUGAAGUUGCCAGAUGAAGAGAAGGACGUGCAGGUGACACACAGCAGGAGGAGGGUGCAAGCCUACUAUUGUGACAUUAUUGGAGAUCAGUUUUGGGAGGAGCAUCCAGACAUCCUACAAGAUGACAUCUGAUAACCACUCAGGAGGACGGUGCAGAACUAAGUCUGGUGAGAAAGACUGAAGUGGACCCAAAGAGGAGGAACAGGAACAGAAAGUGGCACCAUGGUGCAACACACAAGGAUUUGUAGCCAUUAUGCAAUUUUCACACGUGAGACGUGUUGCUGAUUGACUUUGUGUAAAAUUUAUUUUAUUUAUUUAUUUCAUUUUUUGAAGUUCAGUCGUAAUGGGAUCUUAAAACGUUGCCAUAUCAGCGGCCAUUGAAGGCACUGUCAUUGAAGAUGCUGCGAGCUGUUGUCUCACGUUGACUAAGGCAUCCAGCCACUCCUCACAAACUUAUCCUGUGAAUGUGCCACCCGCUGCUGCUCUAAAAAUAUCUGCUCAUCCGAUAUCAUGAAUGACAUUUUGAACUUGUACUACUAUCACUUGAUCUUUCUUACUGUAUCCUGUAAUUCCCCUCUGGAGUCUCUGUGGGUGUUUUGAAUCUCAGCUCUGCUUUUUAUAUUUUAGUCUUUAAACAUUGAAGUGGACCAUCAACAUGUUUCAACCAGUGCCUUAUUUUUAGAUGUUUUGGGUCCAUCUUGUCACUCGGGACAAAAACGAUUUUAAUGGGUGUAGGACUGAUUUAGAACACAAACACCAGCACAGGCUACGCUACACAGUGCAGUUGUUCGGGACAAGCUGAAAUGCUGGAGGAAGAAAUGGUGAGAUGAUCCUUACGGAGUUAAACGUGUAUAUGUUCAUCUCACUAAACGUGAAGAAACUUUAAAAUGAGUGAUUAUGCAGUUAGCCGCUUACCUUUGCAUCCUGCCCGUUUGGUUGCGCUGCUCUUCACUGAGUCAUUCCAAGUUGAUUAUCGAUGAGGAGAUCCUUUUGUGUUGUAAGCAGAAGAAUGAGCCUCUUGUCGACUCCAUGAUGCUUCCGGUGAGAAUUUUGACAAUUCAGGGGCAACAUGAAGCAGUUUACUGUGUCCUUUUAGCUUGUCCAUACAUUUAUAUUAUGUAGGAGUUUAGCCUGCGACAUGUUACCAUUGUCAGCAUAGACUUUAUAUAUAUCAGACAAGCCCUCUGUGACAUCACUCAUAGGUUUUCUGAAGAGCGGAUUUGAAGCACAAAUGGGGCCGCUCUAUGACGUCCCAUUUGGGUUUAAAUCUACUCUUCAGAUACCCCCACUUCACCGUCUUAGUAGUGUCUGACUUUGCCUAAUAUACGGCCAACCCAUAAAUGGGUAAAGAGGUGGAACUUAGGCAAGAACAUGACCUGAACAACACAAAUGAAACCCAAACGUGCAUCUGUCUUGAAGUUACCAAACUAGCUAAGGCUAACAGGCUAGGGCAGCUGAAUUGUGAUGAUUGAUUACCGUGCGUUGUGGACUGGGCUGUGGUUCUUAUGAGGGGUAUCUUGGAUGCAUAUAUUAGAAAUUAUGAUGAACAUAUUACCCUCAUAACUGUGGCACUAUCACUGUAAUUAACAUCACCAAGCUAUUAUUACCUGUUGUUGAGGGCUAACAGUGCUAAAAUGCAAAUGAAAUAAUGCUAAAAUUUA